UCUGGAGUGGCUGUGGAGGCCGGGCGUCGUGGCUGGGCUGUGCUCUCCGUGCGGCUCUUCGGAACCGAACAGGGAAGGACGGUCAAAAGGCUCGGACCUCUCGCCGCGUCGUUUACACGACCCAUGGUCCUCGCCGUGGGACGGGCCGCCUUGCGCGGAGGUGUCGGCCGGGGCUGCGAUCCUUCCGAGGCCUUGGCACCCGCCCUCCGUCUUCGUCCGCUUCCGGAGGCGGCACCCUGAGCCUGUGCGCCUUUUUACGGGGCGGGGGGCGGGGAGACUGGCUCGGGGAGCGACAGUCGUCCCGAGGCCACCGCGCCCAGUAGGGGUGUGGGGGUUCGGCUGCUCCCGCGAGCCCGCUCCAGUCGCCAGCUUCUCGACCCGGUUCUGGAAGCUCACAGGAUCCCAUGGCGGCCGCGGCGCCUAUGGACCGGUCUCAGGGCUGUGUGACCUUCGAGGAUGUGUUCGUGUACUUCUCCCGGGAGGAGUGGGAGCUCCUUGAGGAAGCUCAGAGACAUCUGUACCGCGAUGUGAUGCUGGAGAACUUUGCACAUGUGGCCUCCCUGGGUUGUUGGUGUGAAGCAGACAGUGAGGAGGACCAUUCUGAGCAGAGCGUAUUUGUAGAAGGAGUGUCGGAGGUCAGGACUCCUGAGUCAUGUCCAUUUAUCCAGAAAGCCCACCCUUGUGAGAUAUGUGACCCACUCUUGAAAGAUAUUUUGCACCUGGGUGAACACCAGGGAUCAUGCCCUGCACAGAAACUGUACACAGGUGACCCCUGUGGGCGAGGAUUCCUGCUCAGUGAGAACUUUUAUCAGCACCAGAAGCAAUAUAGCGUGAAGAAUCCUGUCAGAGGGGAUGACUAUGGGCCCUCACUUGUGAAGAGUGAACAUGCCAUCCACAUGUCAGGGAGACCUUUCACUUGCAGGGAGGAAGGGAUGGACUUGUCGGCCAGCUCUGGCCUCUUCCAGCACCAAAGCACUCACAAUGGAAUGACUCCAUGCAGAAGGGCUGAGUCCAUGGAGUCUUUUCCACACAGCUCCAGUGUCGGGCUACACCAGGGAGAACGUGAUGAACUGAUGCUUCUCAAUUGCAGUGAUGAUGGGAAACCCUUCCUGAACACCUUCAGUCUCCUCGACAACCAGAUAACUCAGGCUGAAGUGGGAGCUUUUAGGUGCCUGCCAUGUGGAAAUCUGUCGAAGGAGAAGUCAGCUCUUAUUCAUCACAGAAAAAUUCCUAGUGGAGAAACGUCACAUGUGUGUAAGGAGUGUGGAAAGGCCUUCAUUCACGUGUCUCACUUAAAAACCCACCAGAAAUUUCACACUGGAAAAAGACAAUAUACUUGCAGUGAAUGUGGAAAAGCCUACAGCAGAAGCUCCCACCUUGUUCAGCACCAGAGGGUUCACACUGGAGAAAGGCCUUAUGAGUGCCGUGAGUGUGGAAAAGCCUUUAGCCACAAAAACACACUUGUUCAGCACCAGAUAAUUCACACUGGAGAAAGGUCUUAUGUGUGCAGUGAAUGUGGAAAAGCCUACAGCAGAAGCGCCCACCUUGUGCAACACCAGAGAAUUCACACCGGAGAAAGGCCUUAUGAGUGCAGUGAAUGUGGAAAAGCCUUUAGCCACAAAAACACACUUGUUCAGCACCAGAUAAUUCACACUGGAGAAAGGUCUUAUGUGUGCAGUGAAUGUGGAAAAGCUUACAGCAGAAGCGCCCACCUUGUGCAGCACCAGAGAAUUCACACCGGAGAAAGGCCUUAUGAGUGUAGUGAAUGUGGAAAAUUCUUUAGCCAAAGCUCUCACCUUAUUGAGCACUGGAGAAUUCACACUGGGGCAAGGCCUUAUGAGUGCAUUGAAUGUGGAAAGUUCUUUAGCCAUAACUCCAUCCUCAUUAAACAUAGGAGAGUCCACACAGAAGCAAGGUCACAUGUUUGUGGCAAAUGUGGGAAGGCUUUUGGCUGCAAAGACACACUUGUUCAGCACCAGGUAAUUCACACUGGAGCAAGGCCAUAUGAGUGCAGCGAGUGUGGAAAGGCCUUCAGCCGUAAAGACACGCUUGUGCAGCACCAGAAAAUCCACACCGGAGAACGGCCGUAUGAGUGCAGCGAAUGUGGAAAGGCCUUUAGCCGUAAAGACAGACUUGUGCAGCACUGGAAAAUCCACACUGGAGAAAGGCCGUAUGAAUGCGGUGAAUGUGGAAAAUUCUUUAGCCAAAGCUCUAACCUCGUUGUGCACCAGAGAAUUCACACUGGAGUGAAGCCUUAUGAGUGCAGCGAAUGUGGGAAAUGCUUUAGCCACAACUCCAGCCUCAUUCUACACCAGACGGUUCACACUGGAGAAAAGCCUUACGUGUGCAGUGAAUGUGGGAAAGCCUACAGCAGAAGCUCCCAUCUUGUUCGGCACCAGAAAGUUCACACUGGAGAAGGGCCUCAUGAAUACAAGAGCUUUGGUGGUCCUUUAGCUGCAUCUGUUGAACUCGUUUAGCACCCAGAAGGUUCACACUAUAGAAAGGCCUUACGAAUGCAGAAAAUGUGCCGUGUUCUUGUUCACAAUGAUAGGACUCACAGCAGAGAAAAUAUCUGUGAGUGCCCUUUAUGAGGGAGCCAGAGGUCAACCUUGUACAGUCGUACAUCCAUCCCUCCAUCCCGUGGAGAGUCUGGAUAAGUAUCAGGUAGGUGAGACGCUCUCAUGAGGUGCAUUGCACUUCCUCAGCUGUCCAGGGCUCUUGACGGAGUUUUGUCACUGCUGGUGCCUGUGGUGGAAGCCAUCUCAUUGCUGUUAAGUUCCCACAGUGUCUGUCAGUUACUCCAGUAUGCUCAGGAAGUGGACCCCUGUGCCGUCUCUCCUGUUCCCUCAGGAUUGUGAAUGUUCUGAGUGCAUUGAAGGUCCUUGUUUCCUCCCCAUGACUGGGUUCUGAGUGACCAUGACCUAGCUCUGGUCGAAAGGAUCUGAACUGCAGUCUACUGGGGAUUUCCAGACAAGAUUCGCCUUCUUCCUGGACAAUGUUGACUGUAAUAUGAUAGCUGUGACUUAUUUAUCCUGCUUCCAAGUCACACAGCUUUGGAACUCCCUGCCCCAUGCUACUCUGGUUCAUGCAGUGAUGAAGGCCUGCUGUGGCAGUCUUUACUCUGGGAGGUCAGUUCACUGUGUCUAAUGGAUUGAGAAAAAAUUGGGUUUUGCUAACAUGAAGGGAGGAACACCUUUUGUUGGCCACCAACUUUAAGUGCUUCAGAAAGGACAUCAGGGUGGCAGAGAACAGCUCUCAGUCUAGUUUGGCCUAGUUUGCAUGGUUGCCCAAGGCUUGCUAGGAAAGACUGAAGAGCUUUGUGUACCUAAUCCUGUGACCUAGAAGUCAGGAUUUCCUGUGAGCCCAUAGUUCAUUCUGAGGUGGGCAUCGUUUGUGUGGAAAAACUCCAGUGCUUCUGGAAGCUACAUGAGUUGGGUCCUUUGUUCCUAGGGAAUGUCCCAUAUUCCCCAGCACUUUUGAGGGAUUUCUGUCUCCUGGACCUGUAUAGGAGCCAGUCCUUGAUGUCCAGAAUCAUAUGGGCAAGUAUCAUUGACUGGAAGGCUAAAGGGCAAGGUGGGAAUCAUAGUUGGUACAGAAUCACUGAGAUCAUGGAGUGGGGAUGACUCUGGCUUGUGAGAGGAUGUGUCUGUUCUAACAGAGGCAUCUAUAAAUAUCCGUGCAAUUUUGGCUGUAUGGCAUGAAAGUGUACAGAAAUUCUCAGGAUCUUCAGACAUCUGAGUCUCCUGUGGCCAACGCACUGUCACAGUAAAUAAUCUAAAGAUUUGUGGAUUCCUGUACCUCCCUGGGCUGUUGAUAUUAUGGCCAUCACUGCAUAGGCAGGAACCCCAGCAUUGACAAAAGAGAGAUCCAGGGAUCGGGCUUCUCUGACUUGGCCAGCAUUCCUAGUGACUGAUCUGGCCAUGGAUUCCAUUGCUGUCCAGUUUUUGCUGAUAUUGAGGCAGGGCUCAUCCCUCUAAAUUGUGGGGAGAGAGGAAUAUGGUAGAACCAGAACAGUUGGCAGAUGUGACUUUCCAAGAGGGAUGGUAAAUAUGAAUUUUUAUGGGAAACAUUUAGUUCUUAACAUCUUUAUUAAGGUAUUGUGAUGUGAAAUAACCUGCAUGUAUGUAAAGUGUAAAACGUGUCAUGUUUCACCAUGUGUAUGUACUGAUGAGACCAUACAAUCAAGAUAAUGGAGAGAGAUACCAACACAACCAAAAGAUUUCUUGUGUCCUUUUAUAAUCCUCUCCUCCCAGACCUUUCUACCACCCUUUCCCACAAUUCAAAAGUAAUAGCAAGCAUUUUCUAGAAUUUCAUAUAAACAGAAUCAUCUGGUAUAUACUUUCUGGGGAAUGGGGACUCUGGCAUUUCUCACUAACCGUAACUAUUUUGAGAUUAAGGUAUAUUGUUGCAUGUAUCAGUUGUUUAUAUUGUUGAGUAUUAUUCCAUUAUAGACAUAUACCACAUUUGUUUUUAUCCAUUUACCUGUUAGUGGAUGUUUGAGUUGUGCUUGAAGAUUUCUGUAUAACUUAUCACUGAAUAACAUUCCAUUGUAUGGAUGUAAUACAGUUUGCUUAUCCAUUCACAGACUGAGGGAUAUCUUGAUUGCUUCCAAGUUUUGGCACUUAUGAAUAAACCUGCAUUAUGCACUGUG